AUGGGACUGCUCCUUCUGGCCUACCUCCUCGCGUCCUUCACAAAAAGUAGAAAAAAUGAUAUCAUAUACAGUGACUUCAUUUCGUUUAAUAAUUUAAACGACGAGAAGAAUCUGCGUUAUUACGGGUCGGGCUCGCUGGACAAGUGCUACUGGUGGUACUUCCUGAGCGAAGACUUCUUCGAGAUCGUCUAUUUGGGGAGGGAUGAGCCUACCAAAAGGAGGAAAGGGGGGAAGGCGAAAAAAGUGAUGGGGGUGGAAAAAGGUGAUGAAGCAACGGGAAAACGUGGUAAAGACGCAGAAGGGGAGCGGUCCCUCCCCUGGGGAGACAGAGACCCCCCUGGAAGGAGCAUCACCAUCACUAGCGACGACAUAUGCACAAGCGAAAUUCUCAUUCUGUUGAAUAAAAAAAAGGCAGCGUGUAAAUCUUUGUCUUCCUUCUUCGUGCGAGUGAACAGACAAGGAGAGGAGAAGAAGUACAUCGCCGUGGAGUACCUUGUCAGUAGCCACCUCUACAUGGUCAGCAGCGACAUCGUUACGUAUAAAGAACAGAAUGAAAGCAGAAACGUCUAUGUCAUUUCGGACAAUGGAAAGAAGAUAAGCAUAUCUGAGAGCAGCCAUUUUAAUGUAUUCUUCGAUGAGAUGUACCUGGAACAUGCAUAUGUUAAAUAUGGGAAAGGAGGAGAGUUGGAACUGCAGUUAAGAACAAAGAGAAAGGUAGGCAUAACAAGAGUUAUCAUAGUUCUUCUGAACAAAUGUAAGCCCCUCUUUUUUGUCGCCACGGUAUUUGUGUACGAGUGGCUGUCCUUGGUACCGAACGGGGUGGACUUUCCGGAAGGGGCCCUCGUGCGGCUCGCCCUCAGAAAGGACCGUCCCCCAACAGGCAAAAACAACCAUACUGAAUGUGAAAGUGGUAAUAUGAAUUAUGAUGGUAAUACUAGCGAUGGUGGUCAUUUCUCUUGCACAGCUCUCAUAAAGAGACACAUCCUGGGAAGGUCGUCCCUCCGUAGAAAGGCAACAAUGGCCGUUCUGUUAAGCACCCACCUGCAGGGAAGACAUCCCAUAAAGCGCAAUGUAAGAGACGUAUUGUUAAUCAACUGCUUAAAAAAGAACUACGUGACAAAAUUCCAAAAUGAGUACCGAAUUCAGGAGAGCCCAAGUUACGACAUCGUUUCGGACGAAAUGGUGAAGAUUAAGGGAGGCACAAGUGGGAAGAGCCUACAGAUAAUUGUCAAAAGUUUGCACAGCGGGCAAGUUUUCUCUUCCUAUGUGAAUAUCCAUAGGGUGGUUAAAAGUAAGCUCACCUGUUUCGGCUACAUCGGGAGGGAACCUCCGGGAAGUGGUACCCCCACAAAGCAUAAACAGAACAACGUUGUUCAGGGCGAAAUUGAUCUGAUAAGAAUGCACUUCUUCUACAAAGAACACUACUACUUGGAUAACCUACACAUUGAAUCCUUCUUCCAAUCGAAUGUAAAAGGGGACGAAGGAGAAAAAUUUAUCCUACACAGGAAGUACCUGUGCCUUAUGCAGCUGUACGGAGAGGGAGACGCGAAGCUGCACGGUGUACACAAAGGAGGGGAAGUCAAAUUGGCAGUCUCUUCCAAAGGACACAAGUUAAGCAUCCUCCCUUUGCACUUCUUCCCCGAGUAUAGGGCUUACUAUUUUAUGCCGAUACGCAAAGGAGGGGAAGUCUCUCUCGAGAUGACCUACAUGGGGGAGUACACGUCCAGAAAGGAUGUGUUCAUAUCCGCGCCUGUAAAGUGCUCCAUGAAGGGGAGUGGCCUGUCUAUAUCCUCUCUGUUUGUACUCCCCGACGAGACGAUUUUUUACCAGUGCUCCGGGGGGAGGGGCAGCGCCACCGCGGGGAAACAUGCUACGAAAAAGUACACAGUGCAGGUGUACAACCGUAGUGGCAACCAUGACGUCAGAGAGGACAAAGGGAAGAUGCACAUAUCAGUAAGGAAGCCUCCACCAGGGGGAAGUGGAACCCCCCACGGGAUUAGCCACAAAAGGCGGCACAACAAGGGCACUCCACCCAGUGGUAAAAACAGGUUUGAUAUAAUAUGCCUUCUAAUUUGUGACGACUCCCACUUAAAUAACUGCUUCCUGAGCACUGUAUAUGUGGGGGACGGAGUGGUCCAUCUGUCUGCUGUUGCCCAGAAGAGUAUCAUCGAAGAGAAGGAAGUUACGAAUGUCUACAUAUUUAUGCGCCUGGGUUGGAUCACUAAUAAGGCGCAUCGUCCAGGUAGAUUCACCUUACUGGAAAGGAGCAAAAAUGGGCACAUCAAACGGAUGGAAGCUUUGCAGAGGGGGACACCCAUCAGCAGCUGCUUUGACGUAGUACGCCAUCACAUGAGGAUAAAGCAUGACAAGAACUACAUUGAAGUUUUAAAAAAGCACUCAAGCUUUUUCAAAUUGGAAGAUAAGUACCAAAACGCAUGUGCAUUUUAUCAAGUAAGAGGGAAGAAGGAGAAGAGGAGGAUCCCACUCCACAUGGAGUAUACAAAGGAAAGGAGAGUACACACCCAAAUAAAUGUCCAAGUAUUUAAAAAAGUUAAAGCCAUUUUCUGCCACGAUUUUGUGUGUAGUAAAUUCAUAAAAUUUGGCCAAAUGAUUAAUCUGAUUGUGUAUGACGGAUUUGCAGUCGGUCCAUACAGGGUCAGUGUGUCUUCCGAGUCUAGUAUCCCCGAACUGGUUCUUCAACGAAAUAGAUUCCUCAACGAGAGAAGGGAUCUUCCCACAUGUGCAUCUUUCUUUAGCAGUUUGUUCAUUGGGGAGAAGUUUCAGGAUGACUUAUACCUAACCGAGCAGCGCAAGGGGAGUAUCCCCCAGUGCAGGAAUAUUUUUAGUGGAGAGGUCUUUUACGAAAGUUGGAACGAGCAAUACUUGCCUGUGUGGAAAUUAUACAAUAGACGUCUAUUCGAAUAUGAUUUUAGGCCAAAGUGGGGAAUCGUUCCACCAGGAGGACGCUCAAGGGGAAGUAUUUCCGAAGGAGAGAAAACAUAUAACUAUCUUUGUUCCCCCACGAAGGGGUGUUCUCCACCACUCCCGUAUGAACCCUUUUUCUCCAUCAAGCAGUACUACACUAUACGGUGUGAUAGAGGAAAAAAAAAACACGUCACGUCAAACAUACUGGUAAAAAUGAAAACGUGGGAUAUGGGGACCUCCGAAAUAGUGACGGAGAACCAUUUGCCCGUUCAUUUCAAGUAUCCGUCUUCCAUCCAAGUGGCAAUUUUUAGCAAACAUGUGGAAAGGCUCCAAAUGGUGGAUGGCUCCAAGUUGAUUCUUUACAAAAAUGAGGACUACUAUAUGAAGGCCUUCCUUGUAGACGACCAUGAGAAUGUAAUUCUCACGAAUGAGCCGUUCCGCUACACUUUGGAGGAAGCUUCUUCUCUAGGAGACCUUUUCAAAAUUUGCUUAAAAGACAAGUCUCGCUACUUGGAAGGAACAAAUGAGAAACGAAAAAAUGUGAUUAAAACGAACAGUAGAAUUCUGAUCAAUUGUAAUGACCAAGGGGGUAAGAAGCAGGACCUUUUGGGUGCACCCCCAAAUGGGAUGAACCGUUUUGCACCCUAUUCAGCUGGGGGAUUUUUACUCACAGUGGAGUAUACCACCCACGAUGGUGAAGGAGGAGACAUUUCGCACCAUUUUGAAAAAUUUGUAUCUCUUCACUUUUGCAAAAGAAUGAACAUUUCGUAUGAAGAUCAUUUGGUUUUGUUCUACUCCCCGGAUGUUUAUUACUCACUGCCCAUCUGUACAACGGCGGACAGUGAUGCAUGUCCCCUGCACGGGCUGACAUACUCCGUCAGAGGGACCAACAGGAUCAGCGUACUGGGUCAAUCCGAAGGGGAAAAGCUGCGCGAGGUGAACGACCAUGGCCAAAUGACCUCCCCACACGGGGAAAAAACAAAACAAAAUGUGAUAAUAGUAAAUUUGGACAACCCAAAGGACCUACCUCAGAAAUGCACGCGUGUGUAUCUCAACUCUGCCUUCGUAGCGAAAGGAAUUCUGACGAUACAAAACGAGUUGGUCUACGAAACGGACUACUUGGAGAUCCAUUUCGCUUUUGCAAAAUUGACGAAGGUAAAAGUGUCCCUUCUAGUUGGAAAUGCAGAAAGAGGGGACCAAAUGGCAAUACCAAUGAGAGUUCAGUUUUUUGACAGGCAUAACAGAAGGAUCAAUAUGCUUCCCACGCAGUUGCUUCAGGUAAAGCUUUCCUACGAUUAUAACAAGCGGAUCGAUAUGACCCCCCUGAAAUUUUCCCCAGAGGAAUGGAACGAACGGGUGGGCCAGCUGCAGACACCACAACGCAACACAACGGAGGAAGCAAAAGCAGCCGUAACGACGGACAUGUUUUUCCAGGUGCGUAGUUCACAUGAAGGUAAGUAUUACAUACAAGUAGAAGUAAAGUACAAAUUGGCCAACAGACACAUUUCUAUUUUUUCAAAUAUGACCCCUUUGAUUGUUUACUCAAGGGGGGUUUCACUUUACGGAGGAGGAAACUCCAUUUUGAUACACCCUUACCAGCAGACCGUGGAGAUCCCCUUCCAGUUAUGCCACGCGCUCAUACAUAAAGUUGUGUGUCUUUCAAAGAAUGAAAACCUAGUGGAGGUGGAAGGAGUGUUCAAGUCGGAUGGUGAGCAGUGCACUUAUGUCUGCUCCAUCCAGUCGGGCAAUUCUGUAGGCAAUACCGAAAUUCAUGUUUUCCCUAUAUUUGAAAGUUACUAUGCUAUUUUUAGCCCACACAAUGGAAGGACAAAUUUUAAAACGAUUGAAAAAGUGGAAGAAGACUUUAACGACUUGGAAAGGUAUUAUGAUCAUUAUUUGGAGCAUCGCAAGGAACGGAAAAAAUGUCAUAACAUGGAUGGAUACACUUGCGAAGAAAUCGAAGACGAGAAAAAAUUGAGAAAUUUUUUUUUUCUUAAAUUUGACGUGACUGUUGAUUAUGUACGAUCCAUGAAGCUGUUUGCAGAGGACACCAUUCGGUUGGUUCCCAAUGAAGAGGUAGACACGUUUGCCAGUUUUUACAGCGGAGGGGGGGGCACGCGCCCGUUCCUCUCGCUGGACUUUCGUCAGGUUUAUGAGCGCACAGAGGAGUUGUUCCAGAUGGAGUAUUUUGUCAACGAUGGGAGUGUCCUGCUGGGUGACGGAAGGCGUGACCGCGAACCACACCACGAACCACACCGGAAGUUGGAUGGAUCCCCCACCGAGAGACGCACUGUCGUCACCGAUUUAAGAGUCUCCCCUGAUGCGUUCUUAUCCAUCGAGGCACGCAAAGAAGGCCGCUUCUUUCUGUACGCGAAUUUUACCAAAUAUAGUGGCAGUUCCCACCAGGGCGAAGUUGUCUACUCCCAGGUGUAUAACUUGGUUGUUCAGCGAAGUAUGACACAAGGAGGAGCUCUCCCAGUCGUCCACCUCAGCAGUAACGGCGUUUAUAAAUUCGAUCGAAGCUUUCACUGCUUGACAAUUUUGGCGAACUGGACGUAUCAGCAGCGCCUCCCCUUAUCAGCAGAAAAAAACGUCCGAACGGAAAGGAAGGUCACUUUGCAUAAUGCGCAUUACUUGAACAAGAAGCAAAAUAUUUACAAAAAAUUUCUCAUCAGCAUAUCGGACAUUUCCAGUAUGAAGGUGCACAACUAUUACGGAAAAUUCAUCCCCUUGAAUGUUAUCCAGUACCUAUCCAUUCAUCUGUAUAAUAGAAGCAUGGAAAGAGUUCUGCCCCCCCUGAAUGGCAAGCUGUAUGUACACGUGUCGCACCCAAGCGUGUUAACUGUGAGGACGGUUGGCCAUAAUCAUAUGUUUAUUAUGCCGCACAGGAUUGGCUGUUCUUUCGUCUACGUCCGUUUUGAGUUGCACCCGGGGAACCAUCCUGGAAAACAUCCACCAAAUGAUGCACGAAAUAGUCUGAGGGAUGAUUUGCCCUCCCAAGGGGGUGACGAAUCCGCCCCAACGACAAAUAUGCACUUGUGCGUCACAAAGCGGGUGCCAACAAAAUAUUUUCAGAAAAGAAAAAAUUGCUACUACCUCAACAGGGUGUACAAACUGCUCGGUCGUUAUUCACACCGGUUUUUCCAGCAGCCCUACAUGUGUGUGGAUUCUGUCAUGAGGAAGGAAGCCAGGUUCGGCAACGUCAGUGGCGGUCUACUAAGUAAGUCCAAUUUUUAUCGUGUCUAUAAACAUUAUGACGGAAUUUCCAUGGUGAAAGAAUUCGAAGACCUUUUCCAGCCUCCUACGGGGCACCUCUCGAUAAUUAAUGACCACUGCUCGGGGCUGAAGCUGUGA